GUAUCACCUCUUCAUUCCUAAUAUUGGUAAUUUGUGUUCUAUCUUUUGUUCUUGUCUCCCUACAGGUUCUCCCUUCUCAGUUUUUUAUGAUGGAGCUUUUUAGAUAAAUUAUCUAGUGCUGCGUAAAUCACCCAAAACUUGGUGGUUUAAAACAGUAGUGUUCAUUUAAUACCUCUCACUGUUUCUCUAUGUCAAGAAUUCAGGAGUGACUUGGAUACCCAGUUCUGUCUUGUAGUUUUCAUUAAGAUUGUGGUCAGAUGUCAUCUGGGGCUUUAGUCAUCUGAAGGCUUGAAUGGAGCUGGAAGAUUCACUUGCCAAGUGGCAUAUUCACACAGCUGGCAAGUUGAUGUGACUGUUGACAGGGGACUUCAGUUCCUCUCCAUGUUGGCCUCCAUACCUAUCAUGGUGGCUGCCCGCAUGUGCUUACUUCUCUUUGAUUGUGAGAUUAUGUUUGCUUAGUUUUAAUCUGUGGGAAUUUUGUGACCUAAAUUAGCGAGGCUUUCUCCCAGAGAGCGUUUGGUCUGCUUUUGCCGGGAACCAAUAUUAAAGUGACUUCAAAUGAGAAUCUUCUGUUCAACUCCCCUACCUACUACUAGCCUGAGGGUUAGAAUCCUGGUUUCUGUGAUGCUAAGGAUUUUUGCUCUUGUGGGUGACCUGUUAUUUAUCAUUUGUCUGCUGAUCACUGCUCCCAGUUCUGAGUUCAGUUCUUGGUUGUUGGGUUUUUACUGUUUCAUGUGGUGAGGAAACAAAAUUUCCCUUACUUUUUCAGAUCUCAGCAUUGCACUUGAAGAUAUAUUUUAUACAAGAUCUAAUUGUUUUGUAGUGGAAGAGUCUUUCAAGGAAUAUGGCCCAGCGUAUUGCUAUAACAGAAAUAUCUCAUUCAUUCUCCAGUUUAACUCAAAUUUGGCUUUUUUUCUCUACCUUCCAGCUUGCCAAAGUUGACAGUAACUCCCUUGUUAACAAAUCUGUGGAUACAUUUGUCUUCUUUUUACCCAGCCUCUUAGCAGCAUUGACACAGCUGAUCAUUCAUUUAUUAUUUCAUCUAGUUUUAGCUGAGCACUGUUGUGGAUGCUAGAACAAACAAAAAUUCUAAAGAUAAGAAACAGGCGAUAAACAGGAAACAAGGUGAACAUAUAAUAAGACAAAAGGGCAGGAGAAAGGGCAUCAAGACUCCCGAAAUUUUUUAAGGGACUGAAAGAGUAAGCCUUGUUGGAAAAAAUUGUAUUUAAGGAAAUACUUGAAGGAGCUAACAGAGUAAGUAAACUGUGAGAAUAUGUGAGGGAAGAACAUUCUAGGGAGUGAAAACAGCCAGUGUACAGGCCUGAGGCAGAACUGUACCUGUGUUUUCCUGAAGAGGAGCGGUCCCGUGUAGCCAGAACAAAGUCAACAUGGGAGAUGUGAUGAAAGAUAAGAUCAGAUCGGGAAGGGGAGCUGGCAGAUCAUGUGACACCCUGUGUAACACUGUAAAGACUGACUUUUACUGAGAUGGGAAGCCAUUUUUUAAGCAGAGUUGUGACAUGAACGGAUAUGUUUUUAAAUAAUCCCUCUUGCUGGCUACUGUGUUGAUAGAAAACCAUAAAGGAUCAAGGAUGGACACAGUGAGACCACUUAGAUAUUGUUGUAACCAUCUUUCUCCUUGAUCCUUUUUCCUGUCUUGGGUUGAUUAUCAUUUCUCCAGACUUUUCCCUUGGCUUACUACCUGUUUCAUUCUUUAGUUCUUUCUCCAGCACAUCUUCUCCAAUUUCUAAAUAUUGAAAUACCUCAGACUUGGUCUUAAGAUCCUUCUUGUAUCUAGGGCCAUUCACUGGGUGAUCUCAUACAAACCUCUGGCUUUUAAUGGUUUUAAUACAUAUGAUUUGUGCUAGUGAUGCACAAACUUAGAGAUUCAACCCUGAGCUCAAACUCAGAAAUCCAGUAACCCACUUGCAAUCCAAACUGAAACUCUUCAUUUCCCCCCAAACCUUUCCUCCCCUAGUCCAGACUUCCACACCCCAAUAAAUGACACUAUUUUUGCUCAAGCCAAAAAAACAGUCAUCCUAAUGCCUCUCUUUCCUUCAUUUCUACCAAUCCACCAGCAAGAUGUGUUUUUCUGUUCCCACAUGAAGGAGCUGUUUCCUCCACAAUGCUGUAUGUCAAAUAACCUCAGAAAUCUCAGUAGCUUAAUAAACAAUGAAUAUUUAUUUUUCUCACCCAUGAAACUGCAGGUCAGUUGGUGUUUGGCUGUUUGCCUGGGCUCAAGCUGCAGGAUGGGGUGGGGUCUCCUUCACAUGUGUUCAUUCUAGGGCUUAGGCUGAGAGGCAGCAACUGCCCCAUGGAUGACCACACAGUGAUGUCAGAAGCUCAGGGGGGCAUACCAGUCAUAUUUCAGGCUUCUAGUCACAACACUUGCCAUUGACUGAAGCAAGUCACAUGGACAAGGCCAAAGCUGAGAGGUGGGAAGUACACUGUAUCCACGAUGAGGCCACAGCAAGGGGAUAGCUAUAUAAUAUAUUGUGGGGAUGAAAGAAUUGGAACUAAUUAUCCAAUUAUUUCAUCUCCCACAACCUCCUAAAGAAUUGUACCACUUCCCAGAUCCACUGUUAGCCAUCAUCUCUUGCUCCUGGACAGUUAUCUCUCUUCUCAUCAUACCUAGAACAAUGCCUUGCAUUAGUAUAUGCUCAGUAGGAACGUAGUGAAUAAACAACUCUCAGGUGAUCUUCGAUUUCACUGGUUACACUCAUCACUCUUUAGUCUCUUUCUAUGUAGCAGCCAGGAUGGGAUUUUAAAACUGUAAAUCCUAUCUGUGCUAUAAAGAGAAAUAUAUCUGUUCUCUGUCCCUGGUUCCAGGCACAUAGCUCCUAAAUUUCUUGGAAUUUCCUGAGUAAUAAGAGUGAUAGGAGCAUCUUUUCUUCUAAUGUCAUGACUCUUGGUGGGCUUCUCAAUAGUUUCAAGAUGUGGGCUGGUCACAGGAAAGACCAAACCUAGAUUAGAGGCUUAUAACUUUCAGCCCCACCUGCCAAUCUCAGGGGAGGGGAAAGGGACUAGAGAUUGAGGUCAAUCACCAAUAGCCGAUGAUUAAUCAAUCUUGUGUAUGUAAUGAAACUCCAUAAAAAAAAGCCACUAAAAAAAGAUCAGGAUUGAUCUUGGCAAACACACUGAAGUGCUGGGAGGGUGGUGUGCCCAGAGGGGGCAUGGAACCUCUGUGCCCCUUCCCCCACACCUUGCCCUACACAUCUCUUCCAUCUGCUCCUGAAUUGUAUCUUUUCUAGUAAAUGUAAACAGCAUGCCUUCUUGAGUUGUAUGAGUUCUAGCAAAUAAUUGAACCUGUGAAGGGGAACUCUGAAUUUACAGUCGGUUAGUCAGAAGUACAAGUGGCAACCUGGGACUUGCAAGUGGUAUCUAUAGUCUUGGUGGACUGAGCCCUUAACCUGUGGGGUAGUUAGGGUCAGAACUGAAUUGUAGGAUACCCUGUUGAUGUCUACAGAGAACUGGAGAGUCGCUUGGUGUGGAAAAGCCCAUAUGCAUUGGGUGUCACAAGUGUUGUGAGUAAAAACAACUCAGACUGUCAUAUUAGUCCCAGCUUAAAACCCUGCCCCGGGUUCCCUUUGCACUUGAACUCCUUACCACGGUCUUUAUAGGUCUUCAUAAAUGCAUCCAUUAUCCAGCCAGGCCUGGCUCUCCAAACUCUAGCAUCUGGUACCACUCACCGCUCUCUGGCUAACUGCCCUUUUCCUCCUCAAAUAUUCCAAUACCUUUCAGCUGCAAGACCUUUGUACUUGGUGUUCCUUCUGACUGGAAUGCUCUUUCUCAAGAUCUUGGCAUGCUAGCGUUCUCUUAUCCUCAGCUAAAAUGUCACCUCCUUAGAGAGGCCUCCCUGACCAUCAAUACUUAAAGACCCUCUUCUCACUCCACCUCCACCCCCGUUAUGUUUCAUCACCACCACCUUGUUUAUUCCUUUCAGUGAGUUUAUCGCUCUCUGAAAUUACCUUGCUUUUGUUCAUUCCUAAUCCUAGAAUGGUGUCUGACACAUGGUAAGUGCUCUGUAAAAGUCUGUCGAGUGGAUAUAUGAGAAAACAUUGCCUCCAGUUUUUUAAAGAAACUCUUUGCUAUCUUUUAUUUUCAUAUACUCAUCCAGAUGUAAAAUAAUACGGUAUUAAGUCCACAUAAAAUCAACUCAGGAUAAAUAAAAUAUCACAGUGUCUGUGUUGAUAAAGAAGAAAUUGGGGACUGGAGUUGCGUCAGCCUGUGCCGUGGCACCCUGCAGUGUGUGCCUCUAGGGCCCUAGUCUGUGGGGUCGAAGGUCUCAGUAAGGCCACCUUCUACCCUUACUAAGGAGCCAGCUCUCCUGGCUCAUCUUUCUUCUUUUUCCAUCCUCAUCACUGGUUAAUGUACAAGAUAAUUUAUUUAUUAAUAUUUACAGUCAUUGUUUGUUGGCUGUCUCACUGCCCCCCAUCUCUGCCACCACCGUGAGCUUCAUGGACACAUGAAGGCAAGGAUCCUAUUUGGUUUUUUAGGUACGCAGUAGAUGUUCUUCCAUUUGUGGGAUGAAUCAAUGAAUGAAUGUUUCAAAGGAAAGGAAAGAAUCUGGAAGGUCCUGAAUCAGUCUCUUUCUCCAGGUCGCUCCAGAGUAGGGGAGCCCCCACUGUUUACCUUCCAAGACACUGUAGGCAAAACCUCCAUGAGGAUAUAUGUUUACUAGUUUAUUCAUUGUCAGAAUGGCUUUACUUGUAUAUUUAUAACUCCAUCUUGUGUGCAUGUUUUGUUUUCUAUGUGAAUCCUUUGUUCACACUGGAGCUCACAUAAGGAGGAAUUUAGCUUGGUAUUUAUGACAUCGUGAUAGGAAGUGACAUCACACAGGGCAAAAUCUGAUAAAGUUCAGCUCUGUCCUGUAGAGGCUGUUUCCUCCUUGAGCACACUAUUUUUCUUCUUCCCACAAGGAAAGCCCAGUAGUUGUUUGAAUGCUGACUAAAAGUGUUACAACUUUGGUGAUAAGUGGUCACUUCAGAAUCUUCUCAUUUAGCAGCUGUAUUUCUCUUUUAAUUUCACAUUUUCUUAGGAUGAUGAAAAUAUUUCGUUCUUGGUUAUUUUUCACAAGUCUUCUUGUCCUCAUGAGAACCAUCCAGUCUCUCAAAAUAUCAACAAAAAUUUUUAUUUAAAAGAUAAAUUAUGUAUUUUUCUUUGAAACAACUGAUGGGAGAGAAAUUCUUCCUUUAGUUUGAAUAGGCAUACUUUUAAGUUGCUUGGAGGUAGUUAUAUAUGAAUCUUCAUGUUGUAUCUCUCUCAUUUAAAAGAAAAGAUGAAAUAAGAGAAUUAACUCAUUAAUUAUUUAAAAUACUUGGUGCAACUGUUCCUUGUGAGUUAAUCCAGGCACUUGGAAGAAAAUUACACUCAGUGUUAAUAACAUUGCCAACCUUUUCCAGUAUGCUGCACUCCAAAUACUAUUGUGUUUUCAUUGACAACAGUCACUAUUACAUAUGCAUGUGAAAAACGGGCAUUUUCAUCAGAAUUACUGUAAUAGCAUUAAGAGAUUAUUAUUUUUCCAAUGUCUUUCGAAGAAAAUUCACUUAAAUUAGAUUAUUUAUUACUUGACUGCUCUUCUGUCUUGCCUGUGUGUUUAGGUAACGAGUCCAUGAAAGUAUAAACUUCAGAAUAAAAAGCAUGAUUUUAUACAUUGAUGAUUUCAAAUAAAAGAGGAGUGCUAGUCUGUGUGCAUCAUUUCUUUUGAGAAAGUUAAGUCUGUGUUCUGUUUAGGAGAGAUAACACUUUUUGUCCCUGUAGGUGGCCCCUGUGGUGUAGCCAUUAGUUGCUAAUUACUUGCAAACAAAUAAACAAUUAACUCCUGGAGCUGCUGGCUGGGCCAGUGUGCAUUGACAUGCUAAAACUUUCUGAAACGGGAUUUUAAUUAGUGACGUUCUAAAUCCAGCCCCCUUGUCAGCGGAGCAGUGAGGUGAACUGCAGGAAGGUCCAGCCCCGGACACGUGGGGCAGAGCCAGCCAGGGAGGCUUGGAGCUGUUGCUCUGUGCAGCCCACGCAAGGAUGUCUCCUAGCCUUCAGGAAGGUGCUCGGCUUGGGGAAAGCAAACCCUCACCCUGCCCCUUUUCAAUUGAGAGUAUCUUAGGACUGGACCAGAAGAAAGACUGUGUUCCAUCCACGAAACCCCACAGGCCCUGGGCAGACACCUGCGGCUCUUCAGGGAAAGAAGUUAACCUAUGUCUACAUGUCCCAACUCUUCCCAGUGGGAUCUCAUUACCUCAAACUGUGGAUCACUCAGUGCCGGAAGAAAGUGUUUGGAAAUACGAAGAUUACUUUGCACCCUCAGAGAGACUUUCUUUGAAAAGAGAGUUGAGUUGGUAUAGAGGCCGAAGACCCAGAACUGCUUUUACCCAAAACCAGAUUGAAGUGUUAGAAAAUGUCUUUAGAGUAAACUGCUAUCCUGGCAUUGAUAUCAGAGAAGACUUAGCUCGAAAAUUGAACCUAGAGGAGGACAGAAUCCAGAUCUGGUUCCAAAAUCGGCGUGCAAAGCUGAAAAGGUCCCAUAGAGAAUCACAGUUUCUAAUGGCAAAAAAAAAUUUCAACACAGAUCUCCUGGAAUAAAUAGAAAACUAAACAUGUGGAAUUAUCUUCCAGUUGCAGAACAUGAAGAAUUAAUGGAAAUAUCAAGUAUUGAAAAUGUUAUGUUUUCUGUGUUUAAUCUGAGUAUUGUCAUUUUUAUUGGAAAAUAUAUUGUAAAUAAUUACUAUUAUAACAUGGCACCUGUUAUACUUGGGCACUGUUAGUUACAAUAAAAGCCUUUCCUAUAUAUUUUAAUAAACAUUUGCAGAAAAAGCCAGUUAUUUUUGGUGAGCAAAUUUAAUCAAAUUAGUUUAUUAAAAUCA